UGUCAGGAAUGCUUAUUGGCUGUAAAAUCUUAAAUACUCUUAUUUAACUUUACCGGAUGGAUAACUUUUCACCCGGAAGUAUUCAACCGAAAGCCAAGAAAACAUUUGGAGGCAAAACAUCAAUGGGGGUCACUUGUGUGUGCCAGGUGCCUGUGGCAGAGGGGAAGAGUGUGCAGCAGACAGUGGAUACCUUGCACAAGAAACUGGAGCAGCUGGGUGCUGUGAAGCAGGGCAGCUUCUGGGUAGACUGUGAGACAUACCAUCCAACAGGAAAUGUCAGCGGUCAGCCCUCCAAGCUCUUAUAUGUGAUGCACAAUUCUGAAACUCCUCUGAGCUGCAUUGCUCUGUUUGAAGGCGGGCCGUGCCUGAUAGCUGACACAAACUUUGACGUUCUCAUGGUGAAGCUAAAAAGUCACUUCCAAAAUGCCAAGGCGCACAAGGUGGAGUGUCGUGGUUCUAGAUACCGCUACUGUGACUUCUUAAUAAAAGUUGGUACUGUGACAAUGAGCUCCAGUGCCAGAGGGAUAUCAGUAGAGGUGGAGUACUGCCCUUGUGUGGUUCCAGGGGACUGCUGGAAUCUCACAAAGGAAUUCAUGCAGUCCUUUCUUGGCCCCAGCGUCCCCGAACUGCCGUCUGUCUUUGCUGCCAAGCCUGAAGGACUCUUCGCACCAUCAGACUGCGUUGACACAAUGACUCAAUACUUGGAGUUGUUCAACAAACUUCGUAAAAUGCAAAUACCAGGAAGUAACGUGCGUUGAGUUGUCAGCGGCAAUGGAGAGACAUUUUCUUUGUUUGUAUUGAUGUUGCUUUAAUUCUGGUCCAAUGGAUCAGCAUGUUAUCCAGGCAUUUGUCAGAGCCUGGGGUUUUAUAUUUCCAUUUCUGAAGCCUCAACAUUGCAUUACACCUAUUUGAUGAAAGCAUCUUGUAUUAAAGAUACUUACUGAAAGGCUAGAGUAACUAGGACCUGUGUUUCUGACUAAUUACUUCUAAUGUCCUAUUGCUGGGGUUGUAACUUUUUUUUGCUGAGUGUAAAAUGACACAUAAUUGAUCGUUUUUCUAUUGGUUUAUCUUAUUAGAUUUCCUGUAAUGGGGCUAUUGCUUUUCUAUUGGGUUAUCUUAUUAGAUUUCUUGCAAUGGGUGAUGGCUAAAGGCUUAUGUUUAGUAAGUUAACGUUUUAAACAGGAAAAACCUUAUUGAAGUAUGAACAAGGACAUCUGCAUCUGUUCAGAGAACUGCAGAUCUCAGUUCAAUGGUGUAUAUUCGAUAGCCUUUUUUGUGGUAGAGAUUUUGACUUGGAGAUAUAAAAUACAGGUAACAUGAAUGAAGUCACUGUUCAGUUUAAAUUGCCUAGUAAUAAUACUAGUAAAUAGUGAUCAGCAUGCACAACACAUAGGUGCUACUAAUAACCUACCAUGACAUAUCAAAAUGUCACAUGUGAAAAAGAAUGAAUAAGAUGUCAAUCAUGUCACAAGUCUGCGCACAACCACAUAGUCCUGAGAAUUUGUCUAAUUAGGCAAAAUAAAAAGCACCUGUGGGGCUGA